AUGGCAGGAAAACAGACAAGAGAGCAUCAAAGAAUUGAGAUGAAACGAAUUGAAAAUGAGGAGAGAAGGCUUAUUACAUUUUCAAAGCGUAGAUCCGGUAUCUGUAAAAUAGCAAGUGAGCUUGUAACCCUCUGUAGAGCAGAGGUGGGAGUAGUAGUACUGUCUCCUUUCGGAAAUCCAUUUUCUUUUGCUCAUCCAUCCAUAGAUACAGUCGCCAAUCAGUUCCUCAACCGAAACCCUCCAAGCAUUGAUGGGUCUUAUGCCUUGGUUGAGUCUAAUCGUCAAGCCCGGAUUAAUGAGCUCAAUCAACAGUACGAUGAGCUCAUCAAUCAAAUCAAAGUUGAGGAGGCACGAAACAAAGUGUUGAAGCAAUUGACCGAAGGAAAAGGCAAUGGCGCAUGGUGGGAAGCUCCCAUUGAAGAGCUCAACCUGGAAGAGCUGCACCAAAUGGAGGUGCGAAUGGAGGACCUUCGACGGAGCUUGUGGAUGUCGAUCAAUCAACGGACUCAAGGAAAGGCAUCCAAAUCCAUUCAAGGACAGAGUUUCGAUUAG